AUGGACGUCAGCAUCUUGCAGGACUGGGAGAGGUUGAAGAUUGAAGUCAACAGCAUCCUUGGUGGCCGAAUCGACUUGUUAGUUCUCAACGCUGGCAUUGGCGGCAAAUCAAGCUGGCAGGAUCUAGACAGCUUCCAUCGCAUCAUCGACACAAACCUGUACGGUAUUGUUAACGGCAUCAACACCCUUUUGCCUUUGGUGGGCAAUGGACAAUCUUCCCAGUCGGCCGUGGUCAUUACAGGCUCAAAGCAAGGCAUCACGAAUCCACCAGGAAACCCGGCAUAUAAUGCCAGCAAGGCGGCUGUCAAGUCCGUCGCCGAACAUUUGUCAUUUGAUCUUAGAAACACCGCUACGACAGCGCACCUCCUCGUGCCAGGUUGGACUUUCACUGGCCUCGCCGGUGCUGGCUCCGGCAGAGAAAAGCCAGCCGCCGCCUGGAGUCCUGAGCAAGUAGCUGAGUAUUUGGAACAGAAAAUGGAGUUGGGCUUAUUUUAUAUUAUUUGCCCGGACAAUGAGGUGACGGAAGACCUGGAUCGUAAGAGGAUGCUUUGGGGCGUUGGGGACAUCGUCCAUGGCCGGCCUCCGUUGAGCAGGUGGCGUGAGGAAUAUAAGGAAAAGGCACAACAGUGGAUCAUCAAGGAUACGUAG